AGCCAAGGGAGGGAGGCGCGCAAGCGCGUUGGGCGUCUGUGUCUUGGAGAGGGCGGAGCGGCCGGCGGCGGCCUCGCAGCGGUAACGGUUACCGGCCCUUUAGCGGAGCCGCGGCCCCGUGCCUUCUCCUCCGUUUUCUCCGCGCGACCUCACCAUGGACUCCCAGAAAGAAGCUCUACAAAGGAUUAUCACAACUCUGGCCAACAAAAAUGAUGAAAUUCAGAACUUUGUCGAUACACUGAAUCAUACCCUAAAAGGAGUACAGGCCAACUCAUCUAACAUACUUUCAGAGUUGGAGGAGGAAUUUGAUGGCCUGUACUCUAUCCUGGAUGAGAUGAAAGAAAGCAUGACCAGCACAAUCAAACAGGAACAAAUUCAUAAAACGCAAGAGCUACAGAAUCAACUUAGUCAGUGUACUAAUGCCUUAGAAAAUUCAGAAGAGCUCCUAGAAUUUGCUACCCGAUCACUAGACAUAAAGGAACACGAGGAAUUCUCAAAGGCUGCCAGACAGAUCAAAGAUAGAGUUACAAUGGCUUCAGCUUUUCGCCUUUCUUUGAAACCAAAGGUCAGUGACAACAUGACUCAUUUGAUGGUGGAUUUCUCUCAGGAAAGGCAGAUGCUCCAUACUUUGAAGUUUUUGCCAGUUCCCAAAGCUCCAAUGAUUGACCCAGUGGAGUGCCUAGUAGUUGACAACACUGUAAAUGUUGCUUGGAGAAUGCCAGAAGAAGACAACAAAAUCGAUCACUUCAUAUUGGAAUAUAGGAAAACCAACUUUGAUGGGCUUCCUCGAGUCAAGGAUGAGAGAUGCUGGGAGUCGAUUGACUACAUUAAGGCCACUGAAUAUACACUAUCCGGCUUAAAGUUUGACUCAAAAUAUAUGAACUUCCGAGUACGAGCGUGUAACAAGGCUGUGGCAGGAGAGUAUUCUGAUCCAGUAACAUUGGAGACCAAAGCACUCAACUUCAGUUUAGACAGCUCCUCCUCACAUCUGAAUCUGAAAGUUGAAGAUUUUUGUGUGGAGUGGGAUCCUACUGGAGGAAAAAGUCAAGAAAACAAAAUAAAAGGAAAGGAGAAUAAAGGAAGUGGCCAUGUUACUGCACUGAAGAAAAAUACAAGAAGUGGUACACCGUCACCAAAAAGGACAUCGAUAAGCUCCAGGCCACCGACAGUAAGGGGAAGCAGAGAUCGCUUUACUGGUGAAUCAUACACUGUAUUGGGAGACACUGCUAUCGACAGUGGACAACACUACUGGGAGGUGAGAGCCCAGAAAGAGUGUAAAUCCUACAGCGUGGGAGUAGCUUACAAGACUCUGGGGAAAUUUGACCAGCUGGGAAAAACAAACACUAGCUGGUGUAUCCAUAUCAACAACUGGCUACAAACUACCUUUGCUGCAAAACACAACAAUAAAGCCAAAGCCCUAGAUGUGACUGUUCCUGAAAGGAUAGGCGUCUACUGUGAUUUUGACGGAGGUCAGCUCUCCUUCUAUAAUGCAAAUUCGAAGCAGUUGCUGUAUUCAUUUAAAACAAAGUACACCCAGCCAAUACUCCCUGGUUUUAUGGUGUGGGGUGGCGGACUUUCUUUGAGUACCGGGAUGCAGGUGCCAAGUGCUGUGAAAACACUGCAGAAGAGUGAAAAUGGAAUGAGUGGUUCGACUGGUAGCUUGAACAAUGUUGCUCAGUAAUGAAUCUGUGCAGAAAAUGUUUACUCCCAUUUUGAUGGGAGUGGUUUUCUUGUUUUGGAGCGGGGUUUUUUUGUUUGUUUUUGGUCCAGUUGCAGGAGUUUUUGAGCAGUGGAUUAAUUGGAGUUGCUUCCCAACCUGGGUACUGAAGCCUAGCAGAUAGAAAAACCAUAGACAUGCCUUCCUAAAACGUAGGUGGGGAAAUAGACAACGGUAGCAGCGACCUUUAACUUUUAGAUGAAAAUUCUUUCUUUUUUUUUUUUAAGUGUCCUGGGUGCCAUCGUGCUAAAAUUUAGUUCUUUCCUUCUUUUCCCCCUGUUUUCUUCCCCACUCUUCACUGUCUAGUUGGGGGGCCCUCACAAAACCCUCCAUGACCGAGAGUGAGGGCAGUCUCUGAAGCCGGGGCCAGGAGGCGUUAUAUUUGGGGGAGGCUAGGGGGAAGGAAGGAGUGGGAGACAGAAGGACUCUUGUCUCUCUCCUCUCCCCACACCCUCACCAGACUGGGGAAGGAAGAAAGUUGUUGAGAAGCCUCUUGGUAAUGUGCAGUGAGGUGGCAUUCCUGGAGUAAACAUCUGCUGCACCCCUUAAUGGCCUCUCCCAAAACAAGGCAUGGUCCUCCUGGAAGUGUGAUUAGCACCCACCCAUAUGUGUUAAUCACUAACCCCUUAGGUGGGCUGAGGAGGAGGAGCAGGAGGCCGAAACUACUCCUUUCAAAGAAAUUCCUCUUACCAAUCCAUCAGUCAGGCAAUGGUAUUUCUUGAGCGCUUACUGUGUGCAGAACACUGUACUAAGGGCUUUUACUAAAGUCGGUAAACACAACCCCUGCCCACAGUGAAUUUAUAGUCUACAGGGGAAAUGUCCCUGGGGUGGUGGAUUAGGGUUCAUUGCUUCUCAGAAUGAGUAAUAAUUAUGGUACUUGCUAAACGCUUACUGUGUGCUGGACACUGUUCUAAGAUCUGGGAUAGAUACAA